CUGGCCCUCCUGGCCCCGCCCCGCGUGUUCUGCAGCCUCGCAGCCUCUGCCUCGGGAGAAAGCCUGACCGAAUCUCCGUGGCUGUUACUGUCUCCAGCGCUAAACUACAGGCGCUCUGGGUCUGAACAGAAGCCUUCUUUCCUGGUGUCAUUGCGAAGUCAUCCUCCGGCUCUCUUCACGCGCCCAGCAGAGACCCCGGCGGGGCAGACUGGCCACAGGCUGGGGCUGUCGGGGUGUGGUGUCUGCCAGAGUAGCCUUUUAUUUUCAAAGAAAAUAUGCUCUCCCCACAUGAAAAAAUGCCAGAGAAACUGGAUCCAUUUUAUCGGCCAUCUUUGUCAAGGCAGAAGACUAGUGCAGAAAUUAUAAGUGAAGCACGAAAUUCAUUAAGAACAGUUAGGACUCAGAGACCAUUUACUCCACAGGAAGAUCAGAGAAAAUUGUUUGGACCUGCAUCUUCAAGAACACCUGAAAAUAGACCUCCUUCUUCCUUCAGCCUCCAUGCAUCCAGUUUUGAGUCAUCUGAUUGUAGGUCCAUCACUGGAGCACGUCUUAGUCCACUAGAACUUAAACCAAAAGUUCCAGCAUCUUCCAGCACAGAGGAUGACCCCUGCCCAUCCUAUCCUAGACCUCCAGUGGACCCCGCAAAGAUCAGACGAAUAAGCACUGCUCGGGCACGCUUGUUCAGGGCAUCAUCCCAGGGGACUCUUCUACCGGACAGGACCCUUCCUCCUGCUGAGUCAAAGAAGAUAGUGGAAUCCAAAGAAAUGAUUAUGAGGGAAAACUCUCUGGUGAAAAUUAAUGGAAUGUACCUAAAAGAAUCACAUGACAUUGGCCACUUGAAAAGUCACUCACAUCAGCUAACUUAUGAUGGAGGCUUUGGUGAAAUGAAGAAACAAGACAUGUUCAAAGGGGAAACAUCCUUGCCAUCACAUCUCAGAAGUGGAGGGGACCCCAGCAAGAGUUGGGCAAAGACCUCAUCAUGCACCAGCAACUCAGGCCCGAGAAGGCUAGACACCAAGGCAGUCUCACUAGCCAACUUGCAAGAAACAAAUACAGAAAUGGAAGUAGAGGACGUCUUUUGGAAAAUGAGGAUCGCACCAAUUUUGCAUGAAUUAGAAAGCGAAAACAUUGAAACAGUCUGUGCUGCUUGCACACAACUUCAUCGUGUUUUGGAGGAAGGAAACAUGCUUGGACAUAAAUUCAAGAGGAGAAGUGUUCUCCUGAAGACCCUCUAUAAGCUAGUUGAUGUUGGUUCAGACUUGCUCAACCUUAAACUUGCAAAAAUUAUCCUAGCACUUAAAGUGAGUAGGAAGAAUCUUCUUACUGUCUGCAAACUUAUAUUUAAAAUUAGCAGGAGUGAGAAGAAUGAUUCUCUGAUACAAAAUGACAGCAUUCUGGAAUCAUUAUUGGAGGUCCUCAGAAGUGAAGACUUACAGACUAACACUGAAGCUUUUUUAUACUGUAUGGGGACUAUCAAAUUCAUUUCUGGAAACCCAGAAUUUCUUAAUGAAAUGAUCGACAAAGGUGCUGUGGAAAUACUGAUGAAUUUGAUAAAGGAAAUAAAUGACAAAACCAAAGAAAAUGGUACCUGUUUAUCUAAUUCAGGCCACUUAUUAGUCCAAAUAACUGCUACAUUGAGACACUUGGUUGAUUCACCAAUAGCAAGAAGUAAGUUGCUGAGCUUUAGUGCCUUUCCCCAACUAUGCACAGUGAUGGAGCAGUACCUGGAUGACAAGGAUGUCUGCACCAAUAUUGCCAGAAUAUUUAGCAAACUUACUUCUUACCAUGACUGCUGUGUGGCUUUGGCUAAUUAUUCCAGAUGUUAUGCCUUGUUUUUGAAUCUAAUUGACAAAUACCAGCAGAAGCAGGAUUUAGUCGUUCGGAUUGUUUUUAUUCUUGGCAACUUGACAGCGAAAAACAAUCUGGCUCGUGAACAGUUUUACAAAGAGAAAGGGAGCAUCCCAAUCUUGCUGUCGCUGUUCCGUGCCUUCUCUGAGCCAGACCUGAUUCCUGCCAGGCACUGCAACCAAAGCAAGGAGCUUCCCAAGGUGCUGAGUCCAAGGGCCCAGGCCAAUGAUGUGCUCAUCAAGCUGACCCGCGUCCUGGCCAACCUCGCCAUCCAUCCCGUCAUUGGGGAGGCCAUGGCCGCCAACCAACACAUAAUGAACCUACUUCUGUCUACACUUGAGAACAAGUCAAUUGAUGAUUGUGAGGAGUUGGUGAUCAAUACGACAGCAACAAUCAACAACUUAUCUUACUACCAAGUGAAAAAUUCCGUCAUUGAAGACAAAAAGUUUUAUGUCGCUGAAUUGCUCUUAAAGCUUCUUGUGAGUAAUAACAUGGAUGGAAUCCUGGAAGCCUUGCGUGUCUUUGGAAAUCUCUCCCAGGAUCGUGACAUCUGCAAUUUCAUUGUGCAGAAAAAUGUACACAAGUUUCUCAUCACCCUGCUGGAUGCCAAGCAUCAGGAUAUUUGCUUUUCUGCCUGUGGAGUUCUCCUCAAUCUCACUGUGGAUAAGGACAGGCGAGUCAUCCUGAAGGAAGAAGGUGGCAUUAAAAUGUUAGUGACUUGUUUGAGAGAUUUUGGCCCCACCGAUUGGCAGCUGGCCUGCUUGGUUUGCAAAACAUUAUGGAACUUCAGUGAAAAUAUCACCAAUGCCUCCUCCUUUUUUGGAGACGAAGAUACCAACACUCUUUUGGUCCUCCUAUCAUCAUUUUUAGAUGAAGAAAUAGCAUUGGAUGGCACUUUUGACCAAGAUCUAAAAACCUAUCACAGACUCCAUUGGGAAACAGAAUUCAAACCUGUGGCACAGCAACUUCUACAGCGAAUUCAGACUCAUCACACCUUCUUGGAACCCCUGCCUGUUCCUUCUUUCUAACAGAUGCAGAGCAGCCACACAGGAAGUCAGGUCUCCUUUAU